AUGUCGACCAACAAAACCUCAAGAAUAGGAGAAGAAACAAGAGUCGAUAAAGUGAAUGCCGAAUUGGUCACAUUAACCUAUGGAACCAUUGUUGCACAGUUAUGCCAGGACUACGACAGCGACUACCAGGAGGUCAACAAGCAGCUGGACAAGAUGGGAUACAAUAUCGGAAUGCGCCUAAUCGAAGACUUCCUGGCCAAGUCAGGUGUCGGGCGAUGCACCAACUUUAGAGAGACAGCAGAUAUGAUUGCCAAGGUUGGCUUCAAGAUCUUCCUCAACGUCACACCGACGGUCACGAAUUGGGCAAGCGACAACAACCAAUUCUCACUUAUCUUUGAAGACAACCCCCUAGCAGACUUUGUGGAGCUUCCAGAUGAUGGACGGGCACAAGAUGAGCUGUGGUUCUCUAAUAUUCUAUGUGGUGUCCUCCGAGGGUCCCUGGAAAUGGUUCAAAUGCAGAUCGAGGCACACUUUGUUAGCGAUGUGCUGCGUGGAGACGAGACGACCGAGAUGCGGGUCUCACUUGUACGAUACAUCGAAGAUGAGAUGCCACCGGAAGAAGACUGA